AGAGCUGGCUCGCCAUUGUAAGAUGGCGCAUUGAAGUGAACUGCAACGCGAAUUUUUGCUGUGUACUGCCAAGAAAAGCUCUUUGCAAUCCUUUCCUCUUCGGGAUUGUAAUCGCCCUCAAAACAAUAACAGAGGCUACUGUGAGUGAUAGUACGUGAAUUUGGAACCUUCGAUUCAUGAUUUAAGUGCUGUUCAGUGUUUCUUACGUUGUGACGAUUUGGAGGAAGAGAAAUUUUUCCUUGGCUACGUUGCCUAGACGAAAAUCAUCCAAAAUGGCGUCCGACCUAAUGCGGUAAAAAUUUGCACGAGAUGAAAAAAUCGUUUUUAGCAUUUAAAUGCGGUGUUUUCGAGCGGAUAUUUACGUUUUUCGUUAAUUUACAUCGAAUGUAAUUUUCUAAACGUGAAUCCCCUUCAGUAGUGUUCGUUUCGGUUUGCAAAUAUAAGGAAAAACAGCCAAAAAUUCGUCAUGAGUCAGGCCUCCGUCGAGACGGAUAAACCGAUAUUGGGUUCGAAUGACUUGUCCGGAUCAACGGAAGCUUCGCAUGUAUUUGAGCGACGAAAUUAUGGCAAGCGACAGCUGAGUACCCGCUCUGACUCAGCUAAUCAUUCGGAAGAUGAUGGUUUGUCGAAGGAGGACAAAAGCGAUUCGGAGAAUGAAUCCGGAAGCGACAGUAAGAGCGAAUCCGGCUCGUCAGAUUCGGAAAGCGACAACGGUUCGGAAUCGUCCGGUUCCAGCUCGAGUGAUAACGAGCAGAACAGCAGCAAUGUCAACACGUCGCACAAUAGCAGUGCUCAGCCGCGGCCCGAAGUGAACGGUGGUCCCGCCGCGUCGGAUGAAGACGAGGCCAAUCACAACGAAAGCAAAUCCGCUAAUGAUGAUGAAUCGGACAAUGAUACGUCCGGGGCGAGGGGGAAUCACAGCGGCAAUCAGAUGAACAAUAGCGAACAGACAAACGACAAGUCUCGUAGCAGUGCGCACUCCAGAUCCGGAUCGGAUGAAAGUGCGGAAGAAAACAACAGCGAAUCGGACGAUAGUGGUAAACCGAGCAACGCUAGUCAGAGUCAGGAUGACGACGAAGACGACGAGGAUGAAGCGGCCAGUGAAAACUCGGAUAACGAGGCGGACGGGGAUCAGCAGGAGCAGUCGUCAAAAAGUAGUUACGAUGAUGAAGAUUAUGCUGCGAACAACCGACGAAACAACGCCCGCAAGAAAGCUGCCGCUGCGCAAGCUAAACGGAAGCCGGCAGCCACCGCGCCAGCCAGGAAAAAGAAAAGCAGCCGUUGGAAGUCGGACACUUCGGAGGACGAAAGCGACGUCAGCGAGCAGGAUAGUUCCGAUGCCGGCGAUGGCAGCUACGGUGUUCGCCGGACAGCGGCCAAAAAGCGUACGGCACCACCACCAAAGCCAAAGGCGAAAAAAAAGAAACGCACUGCGUACACUUCGGACGAGGGCAGCGGCGGUGAUAGUGGAGACAACUCGCGGCAGGGUAGGAAUCGUAGAAAAACAGCUGUUAGUUAUAAGGAGGAGAGCGGCGAUGAACAGACUGAUAGUGAGGAUCUGUUGGAGAUUGAUGCUGAACAGGCGGAAGCGGCUGCUGCAGCUGCCGCUGAAGAUGAGAAGACUGAAACGAUCGAGCGAAUAAUCGGUCAGCGAUUGGGUAGAAAAGGCGCAACCGGAGCGGCCACCACCUGUUACUCCGUGGAAGAAAGUGGUGAUCCGAAUGAAGGAGCCGAAUCGAACGAUGCCGAUAAUACCGAACAACAGUAUCUCAUAAAGUGGACCGGCUGGUCCUACUUGCAUUGCACGUGGGAAUCGGAGGAAACACUGAAGGAGCAGAAGGUGAAAGGAAUGAAAAAAUUGGAAAACUACAUUAAGCGAGAAAAGGAUAUCGAAUACUGGCGAAAACAUCAAGCGGGGCCAGAAGAUAUAGAUUACUACGAGUGUCAGCAGGAGUUGCAGCAAGAUUUGCUGAAAAGUUACUAUAAUGUGGAACGUGUGAUUGCACAGGUUGAAAAACCGGAAGGUGGAACGGAUUACCUGUGCAAGUGGGAAUCACUGCCGUACGCGGACUCUACUUGGGAAGACGCUAGUUUGCUGUCGAAAAAGUGGAGCAAAAAGCUUGAAGAGUUCCAAGAACGUGAAGAUAGUCGACGGACGCCUUCCAAGCAUUGCAAGGCUAUCAAAUAUCGACCAAAGUUUCACCAUUUGAAAAGCCAACCGGAAUAUCUCGGAGAAGAUCGCGGUCUGAAAUUGAGAGAUUACCAAAUGGACGGUUUAAAUUGGCUUAUUUUAACUUGGUGUAAGGAAAACUCGGUGAUCCUGGCCGAUGAGAUGGGUUUGGGUAAAACAAUCCAAACUAUCUGCUUUCUGUAUUAUUUGUUCAAGGCGCAGCAACUGUACGGACCGUUCCUGUGCGUGGUUCCGCUUAGCACAAUGACAGCAUGGCAGCGAGAAUUUGCCAUCUGGGCACCAGAAAUGAAUGUCGUCACGUACCUCGGUGACGUAGCGUCACGUGAAAUUAUCCGACAGUACGAAUGGUGUUUCGUGAACAAUCAGAAACUGAAGUUUAAUGCCAUUUUAACGACCUACGAAAUUCUGUUAAAAGACAAAACAUUUCUUGGUAGCUUAAGCUGGGCGGCGUUACUUGUUGAUGAAGCGCAUCGAUUGAAAAAUGACGAUUCUCUACUGUACAAAGCUCUAGAAGAGUUUGACACUAACUACCGAUUGCUAAUCACCGGGACACCACUACAGAACUCCCUUAAAGAGCUCUGGGCCCUUUUGCAUUUUAUUAUGCCAAACAAAUUCGAUUCCUGGGAGGCCUUCGAGCGUAACUAUGGCAAUACUACUAAUGAUAAAUCAUACACCAAACUCCACAAGGAACUGGAACCGUAUAUAUUGCGGCGAGUUAAAAAAGAUGUCGAAAAAAGUUUACCCGCCAAGGUAGAACAAAUUCUCAGGGUAGAGAUGACUUCGAUACAAAGGCAAUAUUACCGCUGGAUAUUGACCAAAAAUUUCGACGCAUUGCGCAAGGGUAUGAAGGGUUCCAUCAAUACAUUCCUGAACAUUGUGAUUGAGUUGAAGAAGUGUUGCAAUCAUGCACUUUUAACGAGACCCACAGAGUUCGAGUCACAGACAGCCAUUCAGGACAAUAUAGUGGUGCAAUUGUUGAAAGGCUCCGGAAAGCUUGUUCUGCUGGAUAAACUGCUCUGUCGGCUGAAAGAAACCGGGCAUCGGGUGUUGAUUUUCUCGCAAAUGGUACGCAUGUUAGACAUCCUGGCAGAGUAUUUGCAGAAAAGACAUUUUUCCUUCCAACGGCUGGAUGGCAGCAUAAAAGGUGAAUUGCGAAAGCAAGCUUUAGACCAUUUCAAUGCCGAAGGCUCGACCGAUUUUUGUUUCCUCCUGUCAACCCGAGCCGGUGGUUUGGGCAUUAAUCUGGCCACGGCUGACACGGUAAUCAUUUUUGAUUCCGACUGGAAUCCCCAGAACGACUUGCAGGCGCAAGCUCGAGCUCAUCGGAUAGGACAGAAAAAUCAGGUCAAUAUUUAUCGGUUGGUGACCGCUCGAUCCGUUGAGGAGGAUAUUGUGGAACGUGCGAAAAAGAAAAUGGUGCUCGACCACUUGGUGAUCCAGCGAAUGGACACUACGGGACGUACAGUUCUUGACAAAAAUGGGGCUAACAACACGAGCAAUCCUUUCAACAAGGACGAACUGUCGGCGAUUUUGAAAUUUGGCGCUGAAGAGUUGUUCAAAGAGGACGAAGAUGGAGAUGAUGAACUCGUAUGUGAUAUUGAUGAAAUUCUCAAGCGGGCAGAGACGCGCGAUGAGGCACCUGGUAUGCCCGGUGAUGAACUUCUGUCGGCGUUUAACGUAACGACUUUUGAUUUUGACGAAGAAAAGGAAACCUCCGCCAUUCGAAAACCCGUGAAUCCACCUAACGAAGCAGAACAGGAUGCUGACACUAAAGACUGGGACGAGAUUAUUCCGCAAAACUAUCGCGAACUGAUAGAGGCAGAGGAGCGCAACAAAGAACUGAACGACCUCUAUUUACCGCCAAGACGCAAAACUUUGCAGCAAAUUAAUCAAACCAAUGAAGAUGGUAGCGGCAAAAAACGUAAGAAAAGAUCUGCUGAAGAUGAAAGCGCUGAAGAGUCUGACGUCAGCGAAGAAGGUAAAGCAGGUAAGAAGGCUGGCGCUAGAGGCAGGCCUUCGAACAAGGAAAAAAUUUCUGGCUUUACCGACACUGAGCUUAGGAGGUUUAUUAAGAGCUACAAAAAAUUCCCUGCGCCACUUAAACGGCUAGAAGCCAUUGCAAUCGAUGCUGAGUUGCAGGAAAAACCUUUGUCGGAGCUGAAAAGGGUGGGCGAAUUACUUCAGGAACGAUGUGUUCAAUUCAUGGAACAUUCGAAAGAAAAUGACGAGAAGGAUAAAAAUUCAUCGGAGGAAAAAGCUAAACGUGGACCACGUGCUGCAUUUUCGAUCCGUUUUGGUGGUGUUUCCUUCAACGUUAAAACGCUGCUGCAAUGCGUCGAAGAGUUGCAACCGCUUGAUGAUGUUCUACCCGUUGAUGCGAACGAACGCGCACAAUGGGUAUUAAACAUCAAAACGCGCCCGGCGCAUUUCGACGUCGAAUGGAACAGUGAAGAUGACUCGCGAUUGCUUCGUGGGAUCUAUCAGUUUGGAAUCGGUUCGUGGGAGGCAAUGAAACUGGAAAAUUCGCUGAACCUUGGAGACAAAAUUUUAGCUAACGACGGAGCAAAGAAACCUCAGGCCAAACAUCUCCAAUCUCGUGCAGAAUAUCUACUGAAAAUAAUCCGAAAGAAUCUCGAGCUGAAGAAAGGUAUCGGAAAGAAACCACGCAAACAACGAAAACCCCGGGGUGAAGGAAAGGCCAUAUCAGCUCCCACUGUCCAGUCUCCCUUAUCGUGUCAAGAGGUGGACGGAAAUGAAGGCUCCCCAAUGGAAGACAAAACGCAGCACACUCCCAUGGCUACCGGUAAAAAUAAGAAGCUAUCGGAGUCCGACCCGCAUCACCAUGAUCACGAGCUCAACUCCAAUGGUCCUAAGGAAGAUCACAAAGAACACAAAGAGAAAAAGGAGCGUAAAAAACGGGAAAAGAAAGACACUAAAAAGGACAAGAAAAAGAAUACUGGUCCGAUGCAUUUCACGGCUAACAACGAGCCUUGUGCAUUAAAUAUAAUCGGCGACUUGGAUCCCAGUGUGUUCAACGAGUGUAAGGAAAAGAUGCGUCCAGUUAAAAAAGCUCUCAAAACACUGGACAAUCCAGAUCAGACGCUUCCACCGCAGGAACAAGUCAACCAGACCCGAGCAUGUCUUCUCAGUAUUGGAAACCAAAUCAACCAGUGUUUGUCGGUGUACAAAGAUCCUGAAAAGAUCAAGGAAUGGAGAAGUAACUUGUGGUAUUUCGUAUCCAAGUUUACCGAAUUCGACGCCAAAAAACUGUUUAAACUCUAUAAGCAUGCAAUGAAGCGAAGUGGUGGCGAACCGGAAGAUGCUGUCGGAGGUAGCGGUAGUAGUGCUGAGAAAAAGAAAGAUCAUCAUCAUCACCAUCACCACCACCAUCAUCAUCAUCACCAUCAUGCGAAAGAUGGUCCAGGAUCCGCGCAGAACUCCCCGGUCAAGGAGGCCAAAGAGAAAGCUGAGAAAAUCACAAAAAAUCUUCCAGGAACACCGCAAGCUUUGCAGACUUUAGGUAAAAUAAAGAAAAUUAGCAAGAAAGAUAAUGGACAAAGUCAGCAGAAUAUUCCCAUGGUGGUAACCACACCUCUUGCGGAACAGGAAAAAGACAAAACUAUGAGCAAUGAUCGGCGAGAACGAAAAGAGAAGAAACGGCUGCACGGUGGUACGGGAACACCGGACCGGGGUGGUAUGAGCGGACUCGAUGGUGAUACGCACCAUCGCAAGGAACGCGACCGUUACCUGGGACAGGAUGGACAUGCGAACAGUGGUGACCCGAAGGAUGAUGGACCACACGCCAAACGGAAACUAGAGGAGGGUGAGCUCGAUGAGAACAGCAGAGAGUACAAGCGGCUGCAUGGGGACGGAAGGACACUUCGAGACAAAGCCUGGGACGAUUAUCCUGAUCGCAUGGGUAAUAUGAGAGGGAUAAAUCCUAGAGGUGGUACACCAGGAACACCGCAAGGUAUGCGCGGGGGAAUGUAUCCGGACGGAAGCGGGCGGAGUGGACCAUACCCCGAUGAUCGAUGGAGUGGUCGCGACCGAUUUAGUGAUCACAAACGCGAUCGUUAUGACAAUUACAAUCGCCACCCUCCUUCAGGUUACCAUCGCGAUCAUCGAGAUCGGGAUCGGGGCGAUCGACCGUACAAGGAUAAACGAAGAUACCCUCCACCACCGGGAAAUUAUCCCAAUAGCCAUUAUGGUAUGCCACCGGGCGGUUACUAUCCGCCGGGAGAUAAUCCUUAUCGAUACGCGGCAGGUUACGACCGAGGUGGAGGUGGGCCAUCAGGUGGGGGUCCGGGUGGACCCGAGUUUAUGGACUAUCGGACCGGUGGUAGCAACGUUGGUGGUGGACGAGGCGAUUAUGAACGGAGGCCACCGCCACCAGCGAAUUCCUAAACCAGGUCACCGGGAGUGCGUGCUUCUGUAAUAUAUGUGUACUUCAACACUUGUACUGUGAAUAAUUCCUGCGCUAUAUAAUUGAUAUAUAGAAAGCAAUCUACUAAAGUUCUGCUGUUUUUAAAAGCAAAACUCGUGGAGUUAGUGAACAUAGUUUUUUUUACAUCAAAAAGCUAGAUAUUUUAAAAUUAAUUUAUUAGGCCAUCAUUGAUAGAUGAAGGAUGCUCAUUAUUAUUAUUAGAUUAGGUUUGCCUCGUGGAAUAAACCAGACGUUUAACGAAACCUGAUUUUCUGCGCGUAUGCACAUCUUCGAUACCUCAAUCUUUCGUCCCUCUUUAGUUUUAGUAGUGCGAAGUGGGUUUGUUCAAACAACGCAUUUCAAUAAAACAAAACUACGCUGUGAAUAGGAUGGAAAUAGAAACGGUACCAGCGGAAAGAUGGAUAUGAUUUACUGUGAAGCGCGAUGCGCAUUUUGAGCGGUCAGUUGUAAAUAUUUGUAUUAUUAAAAAAACUGCAUGAAAAAUCAGGCGAAGUGAAACUAGAAUGAGUAGACUAGGUACAACAAAUAUGCCUAGUGCGAACGAGUGCGAAAGACUGGUAGAAACGCGUUUGUAAGGCUAGUAAAAAAUAUAGUUUUGUAUAAUUAAUUUAUACGGAUUAAUUGUCAAUAGAAAGUCUAUUUUACUUACUGUAAUAGUGUUUGAUUUAGAACAAAAACUUCAGAAAAAUAGCUUACAAUAUUUAAGCCUGCCUAACUUUACCAUCUACGUUUCGUUCAACAUGCUGUGGGGCAUCAGAUGUAAAUUUUAGAAAUGCGAGACUGGCUCCGCUCGUAUAUCACCCAUAUGCACUAAAAGUGGACUAUUUCCGGAGAGGAAUCGUUUCCGAACGCUUCCUGUACAAUAGAACGUGGAAACGGUGAAACCAGUAAAUAAAGAUCAAAAAUUA